AUGACGGUUUUGUGUCGCUAGAGGGCGCGCGUGAGUUAUUUCCUUGUUUCAUUAUUUACAUUUGGUUGUAAACGCAUGCCAAUCGAAUCAGACCGAAAUUAUACUUUAAUCUAUAUACAAGUGUGUUUGCAGAGUUUUUUGUGUGAUUCUAUAGUGUUUAUCCUCGAUAGAUACGUAUAUUUUUGCAUUAGGAUGACAUGCAGUAAGAUUGUUUAACUUAGAUGAAGUGAAUGAUGAACGUGUGACUACAGCUGCAGCACAAGUUUAUAGAAGAGAAUCUGAAUCUGGCUCGGUUUAAUAAGGUUUUUGGGAAGUGCAAUUCAUCGGUUUAUUGCACACAAAAGCACUUUUCAUCCGCCCAUCCAGCGUCGAAGAUCAAACAACCAUUUGCAGGUAUAUGCAACAGAUCACAGUCACUGUAUUGAAGAAGAUCUGCAACUAUGCAGCAGCAAACCUCUGAGAUCACACAAGAUGUGCAAGAGGUGCAUAAGGACGUCCUGAGAAACUCUGUGCUGAAUUCAUCUCUGCCCAAUUCGCUUUUAGGAGGCCAAACAGUGAGUGAGGUGAUCGGGAGACACCGGUUCACACCUGUCUCGGUGCGAGCGUGUAAGAAAGUAUCUCCUGUUAAUCGAGGAGAUUGGGAAACUUUAGAUGAUGUCAUAUCUCGAGACCUCUCUCCUGGAUCUGAAGGAUGUAAAGUGCUUCUCUAUGGUGGUGCUGGAAUUGGUAAGACUACAGCAGUGGAGAAGAUCAUUUGGGAUUGGGCGUCUGGCAGAUGUCUGCAACAUUACACGCUGUUGCUUCGCAUGUGCGUCAAGGAGCUGAGCACUCUCGAAGAGAAACCAGAGAGUCUUCAAAACUUCUUGACCCGCACGCACGCUCAUCUCUCUACAGAGAGUAUUGCUGUCAUCCUGAAGAGACCUCAGUCUCUCCUCCUUGUGUUUGACGGGCUGGAUGGCUUCAAGAACCUUCUGUCCACUCCUCCAUCUUCUUCUAGUCUUAUCUGUGAUGCACAACAAGAAGCAACAAGCUCCGUAUUAUUGUGCAGUCUGGUUAACGGCUCUCUGCUUCCAGGUGCUUCAAUGCUGGCUACGUCCAGAGAACCACUCACCAUCGAGUCGUGGAAGAGUUUUGAGAUGGUCGGGUUCUCCCAAAACCAGAGGAGAACGUUUUUCCAGCGGUUCUUCGAUGAUGAAAGCCAAGCGGAGAGACUUUUUUGGCACAGCGAGCAGAUGUUGGGAGUCUCCGAACAGAGUUUCUGUCCGGCUUUCUGCUGGAUACUUUGUAAUGUCUUCAAAACUCAGUUUGAGAAGAAAGCAACCCUACCCGAGACCCUUAGCCAUCUCUUUGGUAUUGUUACACACACGCUCCUGCAGAAACAAACGCUAAACGUAGAGCAAACGAAAGAGCUUGUGUCUGGUUUGGGUAGACUCGCCCGUCUUUGUUCAGCCAAUACUGUUUGCUCUUACAGUGAUGUCAUAUCCUGCGGCAUGCAGCCUUUUUUAUGCUCCUCUGUGCUUUCUGAUUUUCUGUACAGCAGUGGUGAUGUCACUUCUCCUGAUAGCACGUUCUCCUUUCUGUCUCCUUUGAUGCAAGAGUUCUUAUUGGCCGCUUCCUUUUAUAUCGACCAAUCAGAGAACGGGGGAAAAGAGAUUUUAAACGAGCGCCCUGCGCUGUAUUACACAUUUCUGGCAGGAUUGUCAGAUCCAGGUCAGCGUAAAGAGAUGGAAGACUGUGUGAGCACUUUUGAUGAAGGUCAAAUCUCGAAAUUCUUUCAGUGGUUGAUGGACACUGCUUCCACGAUGCUAUGUGGUUAUGAUCAAGAAAAGCAUUUCCAUAUUUUUUAUCUUCUGCAACAUGCGCGCAAGUCUUCUCUGGUCAAAGAUACACUCAGCAAGAGUCAAUGGAGGCAUAUCAGCUAUAAUGAAUUGCAAGAGGUGGAUUGCAUAACGCUGUCAUAUGUAGUGAGUUGCAUGGGAGAGAUGGAAUAUAUGAACUUAUACAGUGCAGAACUUACAGAAGAAAAGGUUGUGAGACUCGUCCCAGCAUUACGGCUGUCGAAGAGCAUUAAUCUGUCACAGAGUCGACUCAGUUUGGCAGUCACCUCUCACUUGUCGACAGCGCUGGCAGAGGGCCGGGCGACCACGCUGGAUUUUUCCCACUGCAAACUGGAAGAGGGAGCGUUCAAGAUCCUCUGUCACAAACUCUCACAAACUAAACUGGAGCAACUCCAAUUGUGUGGAUGUUCACUGACUUCUGGUGAUUCUGAAGCGUUGGUUAAGUUGAUCUCUGAAGGGUCUGAACUACGUGUGCUGGAUCUGUAUGGAAAUAAACUACAGGAUCAUGGACUCAUUCAGCUCAGUAGUGCCCUGAAGAACUGCAGACUACAGGAAAUCAAUUUGGAUUCAUGCUCGCUGAGUGCUGCAUCGAUGCCUGCGCUGUCUGCGGCUUUGAGCAGCGGUUAUUCAGACCUGAAGAUGCUCAACCUGGGGAGUAACUCGAUAGAGGAUGAAGGGAUGGAGACGUUGUCGCAAGCAUUACAGACAGGACGCUGCGGCCUUAACAGAUUGAAUCUGUACGACUGUGACUUGACCGACUCCUGCUGCUCCUCACUGGCAGCUGCCCUCCAAUCGGAAAACUGCUGUUUGACCGAGCUGGACCUGUCGGUCAAUGAGAUCGGCCAAUCAGGAGGCAUGCUAAUAUGUGAAGCACUGAAGAUUUCUAAGUGCAGACUAGAAAAACUAGGAUUAUCGAGAUGUGAGCUCACUGAAGAGGUGUUUCGUGGGCUGGGAGACGUUUUGACGUCUGCUGAAUCGAAGCUCAUCAGUCUGUCAGCGGGAUUGAAUAAAGUGGGCGAUGCUGGAGCCAAACACAUUUGGAAAGCACUGAUGCACAAAAACUGCAAACUGCAACACCUGGAUUUGGAGAUGUUGUCGCUGACAGACGCUUGCGUGGAUGACUUAUGUCAAGCAGUCGCAGCAAACAACACUUUAACAUCGCUCAUCCUAAAGAACAACAUCCUGACAGAUGAUUCUAUACCACGAUUGGUCAAAUUAAUGCAGGAUUGUCCAAUCAUGAGCAAGCUCAAUCUGCAGUAUAAUGACUUCAGUGAAGAUUACUUUGAGUUGAUGGACAGCUGCCCAAAUAUUGUUUAUUAGAGAAAUACACAUGGACGCUUCUGUAAGAACGCUUUUGGGUGAUACAUUUCAAAUAUAACCAAAGUAUGUAAUGUUUUGAAUUUAAAUUUGUCAAACCUUUGAUGUUUAUGUAAUUUUUAUGCUAAAUGUGUCAUAUUAUUCACAUAACUUAGAGACGCUUAUACAAUCUAGUGGAUCUUUAGGCACAGAAAUUAUCUUAAAGGGGACAUAUCAUGAAAAUCUGACUUUAUAAACAUACAAGAAACUUAGUUUUGGUAAACCAUUCUCUGCAAGCAUGUAAAUAGGGCAUUGAAAUUUCGCUCCCCUUGUUAUGUCAGAAGGGGAUAAUACCGCCCCUUAGUCUGCACUAUCCAACUACGACACUGCCAUUUAGUGCAGAGAGAACAUUUAAAAGGACAUAUCCCAAAAUAGCACAUUUUUGCUCACACCUACAAAGUAGCAAUUUUAACAUGCUAUAAUAAAUUAUUUAUAUGAUAUUUUGAGCUAGAACUUCACAUACGUACUUUGGGGACACCAAAGAUUUAUUUUACAUCUUAAAUAAGUCUGGUGAAAUGUCCCCUUUAAUAAACAAUGUGCUAAUUCAGGGGUUUUUAAACUUUUUUGUCAGCCAAACCCCAUUCACCUAACUAAUUUACUUGAAGUACCCCCUGCUAUAUACGUUAAUAUGUCAAUAAUUUAAUAGCACAUUUGCAUGUUUAACUUUUUUAAUAGCACAUUUGCAAAA